GGGCACGCGACACAGAACGCCAGCAGCUGUCCUGACGCAGGGACACGAAAACCACAUUACAUCAGUCACCUUUUAACAUUCGCUCAGUAAGGAACAACGUGCUAGCAGAACGCCCGCGAUUUCCACAAGUUUUCCCAGCUCGCCCACACCAAAACAGACCGAGCAAGCUAGCGAAAACCAUGGCUGCCCUCAGCUUCAGCCCAUCGCCGCCGCCCAAAGAGAAUGCCAAGGAGAACCCCAAUCCCAAUCCCAAUCCCAAUCCCAAGGCCACCUUGAAGCCCUUCGGCAAGAUAACCGUUCACAAUGUGCUGAGUGAAAGUGGCGCCAACGCCCUGCAACAGCACAUAGCCAAUCAGAAUACGAUCAUUCGGAAGAUCCGCGACUUCGGCAUGCUGGGUGCGGUCCAGAGUGCCGUGGCCAGCACUACGAGUACCACACCAGUACCUAGUCAACGUAAGAGGCCCCUGGGCGAGUCCCAGAAACAGAACCAACAGAACCAGCAGAACCAGCAGCCAGGCAAAGCUUCAGUGCCCGCCAAAAGGAGCAAGACCAGCAAGAAACUGGCCGUGGAGAAGCCCCCAAAGACGCCGGCCAUCACCCAGCCGAGUAAACUUCUAACGGAGCAAACUUUGGGAACUCCCGGCAGGAAGGGUCUGCCACUGCCCCAGGCUGUUGCCCGUAGGAAUGCCAGGGAAAGGAACCGCGUGAAGCAGGUCAAUAAUGGAUUCGCCUUGCUGCGGGAGAAGAUUCCUGAAGAAGUCUCCGAGGCCUUUGAGGCCCAGGGAGCGGGCAGAGGAGCCAGCAAGAAACUUUCCAAAGUGGAGACCCUCCGCAUGGCCGUCGAGUAUAUAAGAAGCCUGGAAAAGCUCCUUGGCUUUGAUUUCCCACCGCUCAACAGCCAGGGCAAUAGUUCCGGCUCCGGCGACGAUAGCUUCAUGUUCAUCAAGGACGAAUUCGAUGGUCUGGAUGAGCACUUCGAUGAUUCCCUAAGCAACUACGAAAUGGAGGAGCCACAGCCAACAGUCCUGCCUUCUUUGCCUGUGGAGAAUCAGAUUCAGAAUCAAAAUCAGAAUCAGAAUCAGAACAGCCAGCAACCGACAGAUCUCCUGCCCAGCCUGACUACCCUCAAUGGGAUGCAGUACAUCAGGAUACCAGGGACGAAUACCUAUCAACUGCUGACGGCUGAGUUAUUGGACGAUUUGAGUCAGGAACAGGAGACAGGAGGAGGAGUAGCAGCUGCUUCGGGCCAGUUAUCGCGAUCGCCCGUGCCGCAAAAGGUGCUUCGAAGUCCGUGCUCCUCGCCGGUUUCACCUGUCGCCACGAAUGAGCUGCUCUUGCAGGCGUGUGCCGCCCAGCUGCAACAGCAACUGAUCAAACAGGAAUUCACCAACGCCACCAGCAGCAGCAGCAGCAGCAGCAGCAACAUUAACACAUUGACUUCCCCGCAUCAGCAGCAGCAACCACAGCAGCAGCAGCAACCGCAGCAGCAAGUUCAAAUGCUGGGAUCCUCGCCCAUUUUGCCCGCUUUCUAUGACCAGGAGCCAGUGAGCUUCUACGAUACCGUGGCUCUUCCCGGAUUCAAGAAGGAGUUCAGCGACAUCCUGCAGCAGGAGCAGCCCAACAACACCGCCGGUGGUUGCCUUUCGGAUGAGAGCAUGAUCGAUGCCAUCGACUGGUGGGAGGCACACACACCCAAGUCCGAUGGCGCCUCCACCAAUCUUUCCAUGUAGCCAGGAGACUUCUGCAGCAUCAACUAUUUUUUUUUUCUUUUCAUAAUUAAGCCCUGACUGAGUCAUUGUGUAAAUAGCAACUAAAAACGAAACGAGUCUAAGGACACGAGAGAAUAUUGAAGUCAUCUAGUGAUAUAAACCAAAACGGAGAACCUUCUGAGACCCAGCUACGAAAUAGUUAACCUGAUAAAGCGCUAAAUGUUGAGCCAGUCCUAGUUAAUAAUAUCCUACCAACCUAAUCUACUUCUUAACCGUUCUUACUUAAGAGACCAUUUUUUUUCCUAGACUUAAUUGCAAGAAUGUUGAGAAAGAGAAA